UUCGCGACGAACAUGAAAUUCCUGCUGCCUGUUCUGAUCGCGCACGUGUUACAGUGCGUGGCAUCGAGAUCGAACAGCGACAGUAAGUGAAAGUGCGUUCGCGCAGGUGAUCGAUGUGAUUUCCUUCUUCGUUCGACAGGUUAUCAGGAGGAUUCGUUCAGCGUGUUUGGCUGGAUCAGUUACUUGAAACGCUUAUCUCUGAUAACGUUGAUGAUUUCCGGUGUCGUCCUCUAUUACGUCCCCGAAUCGCGACCACAUGCGAGGAAAAUUUGUCGAGUACUGAUCGAUCUCACGGCGGAUGGUUUGAAAGCGGUGCUGAGCACGCGCGAGGACGAGCAAAUUUACGAGAAGAUCAAGUCCAAGUAUCAUCGGGCUAAAUACGAACAAUCUUUGGCGGCUCAGAAACGUGUCUCGAGGGAGGUACAAGACGAUGAAGAUUUCGAGUUGAUGGAGAAGAAUCAAGGGAAGAGGGCGAAGAUGUUCGUCGAUGGUGAUGGAUUACUGAUCGGGAGCAGAGAAAAGAAGAAAAUAAACAUGAAACAAUGUAAAGAGCACCGACACUCUCGUCAACGUCUGCGUAGCAGUUUCGUUAAAGACAUUUCCGGCGAGUCCUCGACGGAAGUGACGAAACCAGUCUACUUCUAUUCUGACAAACUGGAGGAUUUAUCAAAAUAUUUCAAGAAUAGUCUGUACGGUGCGAAACGACCCAGCGAGGCCUCUGUUGAAAAUUAUGCGCUUCUGAUCAGCGGCAGUCCACAACAAAUGGCAAUGUUAGAUGAAAAAUACGACAAAGAUGAUGUGGUCAUUGUACAGGAUCCUUAUGUCAAGCUAGAAUACAGGGAAUGUGGUACUUCGACUGAUAAACUCUCCUCGAUAGCGGAAGCUUCCGCCUCGGAACAGGAAGGACCUACUAGAGAUUAUAAUGACCAUCCAACAGAACCGGGAAUGGAGUCGUACGUUAAGGAUGUUGACUUAAACUCAAUACCUGAAGAAGAUUCUAGAUUCCCAGUCAAUAAAUCAUUGUAUCAGACGAGUGAGUAUCAGUGCGGUGGUGAAUGUUGUGAUAACGGAUGUUCUGAUAUUCUUGGUUCUUCAGCUGAUACAAAGAAUGUACUAAAAUCAUCUCGAAGCACGUUGAGCUCGAAAUUGCACAAAAAGAUAGAGGAGAACAACGAAAACUUGCAAGCCUUAAAUUACACAAAGUACAAUCACGAAGGUGGUCGUUUUAUGAAGUUAAGUAGUUUGAACAGUCGUAAAGUGGAUUUUCGAAAAGAAGAUAAAAUAGAUCAUUCUCAUCAGUGGCAAGAAAAUGGACAUCAAUACGAAAGUACAUGUAGAAACGUUCGAAGGAAUAUUUCUAGGACCAAUAAUCCAUUGAAAAGUUCCUGUUGUAACGAUGUUUCUUAUUUCACUGAUCGAAGCGGAGAAGCUGAUGAUGAAAUUUCACAUCUUGGUGAACGAGUAACAGUGAAGCAUGAUCUUGAUGAAAAACCUCAGAGGGAAAAUUAUUUCUACAAAAGAAAUUCAGACGAUUCGAUUUUUGAUCACAUUUGCAACGAGUUUGAGACGGAGCCUAUUUUGAAAAAUCGAGUGACACCUGCCUUAAUCCGAGCGGUAAAUUGGAUUUUCGGUGGUUGUCCGGAAGCGAGGAAAGUCGGAAAGGAAGGAAGUCCCGAAACCACUGGCGAGUGGCUCCUCUAA